GCCACACCUCUCCUUUGGAGGAGCUGCUGUUUCCCCUGACUUGGCAGAGAGGACGUGAGAUCAUUUCAUCCAGCAAAGGGAUAAUGAUGGCAAGCAAUUCAGAAAACACACAGGACAUUCUUAUUAUCUAUGAAGAAGAUACAGAGGAGUGGGCACUGUAUUUAAAAUCAGUACUCGUGCAUGUUGUUUCAGAAGACGGAAUCUUGCUAUGUGAUCUAGAAAUGGCAUCCAUUCAGCCCUCAGAAUUGCAACCUCUGUACUCUUACAGAUGUAAACUGUUGAUAUUAUCAAGUAGGCUUCUCAACUGCCUGAACCUAAAGAAAAGAUACUUUCUGGACAAGAUUCUUCAGCCUCCUGAAAGUGUGGUCAUUUUCCUAUGUGGGAUUGAGAAUUCAGCCAUUAUCUAUCAAAUACUGAAUAUAGACCAAAACAAUCAGUUGAUUACCACUGAUCAAGAUCCAGAAGUCUACAUUGCCGUGAUUAUUAACACUAUACAACGAGGUCCACAUGGCUCUUUGUCUAUGGGGUUAAGAAGUGAGUUGAAGCUAGCAGACAGAAGGGUGGAAACUGAAAAGGUCUCUGAGACACUGGCAAGACCAGCUGCCAUAGUGCUUCCAACAAGAAUAUCAUGUGAGAGUCCUGAGGAAAUAUUCAUUCUUUUGAGAGAUGAAGUCCCUGAUGAUUCAGUGGUUGUUGAGUUCAUUACAGAAAAUGACUGGAUCAGGACUGAGCCAGAAAUUUGGAACCAGAAGGUCAGGUGCAUGAAAGCUUUAGAGUUUCCUGCUGGCUUUGUAAAUGUAAACGUCUACUGUGAGGGAGUCAUUAAAGCAACAACACAGAUUGAAUACUACACGACAAUUGGAGAGAUUGACCGCAUGCUUCAGAAAGUUGCUAAUCCAAUAGCCUUCGCUUGUCAGGCUUGCAAGUUUUCACCAGCAGAGAAAGUGGAUAGCAUUCUCACAUUCUUGUUGAAAAGUUCAGCAAUUUCUCAUGAUCCUAGUAGUUUCCUGAAUGAAGUCACAGAUCACUACAAGAAGAAUGAUUCACACCUGGAAGAGCUCCCUACUCUUCUCCACUGUGCAGCUAAAUUCGGAUUCCGAGAGCUUGCUACUCUUCUUCUUCAAUGUCCUGAGGCUAUUCAGGCUUGCAAAGUAGCCAACAAGAAUGGAGAAAAUCCAGCACAGCUUGCAAAAAAGUAUGGACGCAAUGAGAUUUGGAAGAUUAUUCAAGAGUUGCCAAUCGAUGAAGACAAUUAUAAAAGUGAUGGUCAGGAAGAAGAAGAGGACACUGAAGAUGAUGUCUAUGUGAUUAUGACUUCAGACUCCUCCUGUAAUGUACCUUCAGUCAGGCCAAGCACAAGUGAACAGCCUGGAGCCAGUUUGAAAAUCCAGAAUGGAGGAACCGAUGAUGAGGCAGAGCAGCAAGAAGAUGCACAGGAAAGUGCGGUUGAGAACAAAACAAAGGGGGAGAGAAAUGGAUCAGAGGAAACCCCACAUCAUCACUUGGCCAGUCAUGAUAAGUGGCUGGAUGAUGUCACUGCCAAGGAGUCCUCCGAAGCAAACCUCAGAGGUGUCAGCUGUGCUGAGAGGCCGACUUUACCCCCCCGAAUUCAGCCUUCCACCACAAGACAGAAUGAGCUUUUCUACUUAUCUCCAGCAUGGGAAGCAAUGAAUAACCAGAAGGAGACCAAAGAGACAAAUGGGGACCAGAAAGAAGAUGAUGAAGCAGAAGAUCCAUACACUUCUGCUAUGGAGGACAAUGGCAUCUAUGAUAUGAUUCUUACUAAUGCGAUUAAAGAGCGAAAGAAAGAAAGUCGAUCUUUCAUUAUGAACCGUCCACCAGCCCCUGCACCUCGUCCAUCGGCAGUCCCCAUGAAAGAGGAAAAUACACCUUACAUAGCACAAGUUUUUCAGCAAAAAGUGACCAGAAAUAAGGCUGGUGAUGAGAAGUUACUGUAUGCUGUCAGAAAACCAGACAGACCUUAUGAUGACAGGAUCACAUAUAGUACUGUCAAGCCAAGCAUCCCUCUGGGGCAGGAAGAACUGAUUCUAUUGCAGGAGCAGGUGAAGAGGGGGACAAUUUCUAUGGAUGAAGCAGUGGAGAAAUUCAAGCAAUGGCAGGUUCAUAAAAAGGGAUUAGAAGCCACCCAGCAGGAAAAAAUACGCCAGUUCAGAGACUCUAUUAUCAGGAAAAGGCCGGAGGAGGAAAGCCUGUAUGACAAGAUCACUAUUAUUCACCAUCCAAAUGUUUCUAUGAAAAGAGGAAAAAAUCAUCUUAAUUCUGAAGGCGUUCUAUAUGCCCAUCCUUUUACGAAACAGGCUCUACUUUGAAACCCUCCAGAAAAAGAGUGUGUGUCUGCAGAUAACAAGCAGUGAGCAUUUUUUGUACUUCUUGUAUGUGUUUUCCUGCAUGCCACACCACCCACCAAUCAGUCCUCAUCACAUGGGAGGAUUCCAGUUUCCUCAAGCUCUGUUGGACCAUGCUGAGCCGUGAAGACUACACAAGCAAACAUCCUAGGCAACAGGGCCUCCUUUUCAAAAGCCUCCCUCAUCUUUGUUCUGGUGAACUUUGAAAACAAGUCACCAGGCCAAGGCAAACAAGCAGUGCAGUUACUGUUCAAAUAUUCUUUGAUGAUUGUUCAUAAGCUGUGAACUGUUCAGGUUGAGCUAAUUAUAAUGAUUAUAAGGUAGAUGUAUAUUGCAUAAGACUGCUUUUGACCCAGUCAUAUUCUACCAGCUUUCUCUGUGCAUCAAAGUGAUAUUACUGGCACCUGUCUAGCCAUUCAACCAUGUGACACUGCAAUAUCUUUUAAAGAAAAAUAAGAUUUAUGUGAAUAAAAAUUAGCAGUCCUGAAAAUGG